AUGGCGAAAAUCAACGGCAGCCGUUUCCCGGUUGAUCAGUGUGCUUUGCACUUGAACUACGGACCAAGGGCAGUGGAACACCUGAUAUGCCCCGUGUGCCAUGAUCUCCUAGACGAUCCACUAGCGACGCCCUGCGAUCACCAUUUUUGCAGGUCUUGCUGUGAGAAUCUGAAAAAGUCUAAUAUUCAGACGUGCCCUCUUUGCAAUAAACAGACAUAUGGUUCAAGCGGGAAAAAAGACGAUGACGGCAGAGCUGUGGAUACGUGGCUCUUUUCUGACCCCAACAAGUCCUUCGUCCGGAUUCUAGAGGGAACUCCAAUGAUGUGCAGCAAUGAUGGAUGUGGGGAGGUUAUUCCACUAGGAGAAUUUCCGCAGCAUUUAGCUUCCCACUGCAUUCAGAGACUAGUCAAGUGUGCCUACGAGGGAUGCCAGGAACACGUGAAGGCCGACGAGCUUGAAUCCCACAUGAAGGCAUGCCCCCACAGGACCGUAAACUGUGCUUGCUGCGAUGAGACUGUUACUGGUGGCUGCGAAGUGUGGUUGUGCAAUUCACGAUGUAUCGAAAGCCUCCGGGACUUCUACAAAAACGAGCGGAGCAAAAUAUUGCAGGUACCUUAG